UUCAACCGUUCUUACCGUUUUAAGAAAAUUUGGCGCCAUUCUUUCAUUUCUACUUUUUGCUUGUGCUGUUUGUGGUUUAUUGAAACAUUUUGUGAAGAUUUCAAAUGAUUUUAUGUGGAUUUUAUUGACUCGUAGUUUAGUUAAUUCAUUGUAUUGUGAUUUCUGAUACACAAGUAUGGCUAGACGUGACUAUGAUAAAGAUAAAGAAACACUCAAGACAUUCCUCAUGGAGUUCUGCACCCAGGACAUUUCUGGCAACAAACAUUUCAAAUAUUCCAACCAGCUGACUAAAAUAGCCCACCGUGAGCAAGUAGCAAUGUGGAUACAACUAGAUGAUGUAUAUGAAUUCAAUGAAGAGAUUGCUGAGGCCAUCCGGGCAAAUACCAGGCGUUACAGCAACUUGUUGUCAGAUUUGGUGUUUGAAAUUCUACCCACAUUCAAACAGAGGGAUGUUAUUGCCAAAGAUGCUUUGGAUGUAUACAUUGAACACCGUCUAAUGAUGGAAAAUAGGAUGAGGCAACCCAAUGAGAACAGGGAUGCCAGGAACAAGUUCCCCCCAGAACUGAUGCGUAGAUAUGAAAUCUACUUCCAAGAAAUGAAUGCAAUCAAAUCACUCCCCAUCAGAGAAAUCAAAGCUAAAGAUAUUGGAACCCUGGUAACAGUAAGGGGAAUUGUGACAAGAUGUACUGAGGUGAAACCAAUGAUAUCAGUUGCAACAUAUACCUGUGAUCAGUGUGGAGCUGAAACAUACCAGCCAAUCAAUUCUCUCAGCUUCAUGCCUACUAUAAUGUGUCCCAGUGAAGACUGUAAAGUGAAUAAGUCUGGAGGAAGGUUGUAUCUGCAGACAAGGGGGUCUAAGUUUGCUAAGUUCCAGGAGGUCAAGAUACAGGAACAUAGUGAUCAAGUACCUGUGGGACAUAUACCAAGAACUCUAACAGUAUUUUGCAGAGGUGAAGUAACAAGACAAGCUUUACCUGGAGACCAUGUUACAAUCACUGGAAUAUUUCUACCAUUAAUAAAGCAAGGCUAUAACCAACUGAGAGGUGGUCUUUUGUCUGAAACUUACUUGGAAGCCCAUAAAAUCGAAUUGAUGAAUCAGAUUGACAAUGACAGAGCAAACAAUCCUCUCACCCCUGAAGAGUUGGCUACUCUCACACAAGAUGAUUUCUACUCAAAACUGGCGGUAUCCCUAGCGCCCGAAAUUUACGGCCAUUUGGACAUCAAGAAGGCGUUGCUGCUGCUACUGGUGGGCGGAGUUGACAAGCGGCCUGACGGCAUGAAGAUCAGAGGCAACAUCAAUAUUUGCCUCAUGGGGGACCCCGGGGUGGCCAAGUCUCAGCUGUUGGGGUAUAUCAGUAGACUGGCACCCAGAAGUCAAUACACCACGGGUCGGGGCUCGUCUGGCGUGGGGCUGACAGCCUCCAUCAUGAAGGACCCCAUGACGGGCGAGAUGAUGCUCGAGGGGGGCGCCCUGGUGCUCGCCGACCAGGGUGUCUGCUGCAUCGACGAGUUCGACAAGAUGGCCGACGAGGACCGGACCGCCAUACACGAGGUGAUGGAACAGCAGACCAUCAGCAUAGCCAAGGCAGGCAUCAUGACGACUCUGAACGCGCGCGUGUCUAUCUUGGCUGCAGCCAAUCCUGCUUAUGGUCGCUACAAUCCGAAGAGAACCAUUGAGCAGAACAUCCAGCUACCAGCCGCGUUGCUGUCCAGGUUCGAUCUGCUGUGGCUGAUGCAGGACAAGGCAGACCGAGACAACGAUCUCAAAUUAGCCAAGCACAUUACUUACGUCCAUCAACAUAGCAAACAACCACCGACGGAGACAGAAGCCCUAGAUAUGAGUGUGAUGAGAAAGUAUAUCACAAUGUGCAAAUUGAAGGAUCCUGCUAUUCCAGAAGCUUUGACAGACUUUAUCGUAGAGGCGUACGUGGAACUGAGACGAGAAGCGCGCAACUCGCGGGACUGCACCUUCACUUCCGCCAGGAACCUCCUGGGCAUCCUGCGUCUCUCCACUGCCCUGGCGCGUCUGCGCCUCUCCAACAUCGUGGAGAAAGAGGACGUCAGCGAGGCCAUCAGGCUGAUGGAGAUGAGCAAGGAUUCCCUCAAGCACACCAUGGAAGCUAAGGGAUACAGGCCGCCGAACGUCCAUGACAAGAUCUUUGCUUUGAUUAGCGAGUUGGCUGGAGAGAAGAAGACUGUGUUGGUGUCUGACGCUUUGGAGAAGUGCGCCAGCAAAGGGUACAAUCCUGAUCAGGUGGAUGCUUGUAUUGAGGAGUAUGAGGAGUUGAACGUUUGGCAGAAUGAUUCUUGUAUCAAAGUCAUCAGGGUGAUGGAGAUGAGCAAAGAUUCCCUCAAGCACACCAUGGAAGCUAAGGGAUACAGGCCGCCGAACGUCCAUGACAAGAUCUUCGCUUUGAUUAGCGAGUUGGCUGGAGAGAAGAAGACUGUGCUGGUAUCCGACGCUUUGGAAAAAUGUGCUAGCAAAGGGUACACUCUUGAGAAGUAUGAGGAGUUCAACUUUUGGCAGGUUAAUCACACCAGGACAAAACUCACUUUUAUUUAG